AUGGCAUUCCCUCGGAACGUUUCCUUUACAUUUACCCUGAGUGGAGUUCCAGAGCUCGGCGAUAACCAAACCUUCCUGGCCUUCCCCCUGUGCGUCCUCUAUACGAUCGCACUGCUGGGGAACAGCACUAUCCUGUAUGUCAUUCAUGGAGGAGAAGGCUUCCGACAGCCCAUGUACAUUUUGCUUUCCAUGCUGGCCCUCACUGACCUCGCCGUCUCGUUAACCUCCCUCCCCACCAUGCUUGGCAUUUUCUGCUUCAAUUACAACCAGGUCCACUUUGAGUCGUGCCUCACCCAAAUGUUUUUCCUUCACACCUUUGCAGCAAUGGAGUCAGGGGUUCUGGUGGCCAUGGCAGUAGACCGCCUGAUCGCCAUUUGGGAUCCCCUGCGCUACGCCUCCAUCUUAACCAGUUCUGUUAUAGCCAAGUUUAGACUGGUGAUAGUAAUCCGGGGGAUCUGUGUCGUCUUCCCCGUCCCAAUUCUCACCAGAAGGUUUCCAUUUUGUAAAAGCCACGUCCUGCUACAUUCCUACUGUCUACAUCAGGACGUUAUACGGCUGGCGUGUGCCGAUACGGCGGUCAAUAGCUGGUACGGGCUGAUAGCUGUCCUACUGACCAAAGGAGUGGACUCCAUGUUCAUCGUUGUUUCAUACGGAAUGAUUCUGUGGACUGUUUUUGGCAUUAAAACAAAUGACGCUCGCAUCAAGGCCUUUAAUACCUGUGUCUGCCAUAUGUGCGCCGUGUUGCUGUUCUACAUACCCCUCAUUGGGUUAUCAGUGGUCCACCGCUUUGGAAAGCACGCCGCGCCGCUUGUCCCCAUUCUCAUGGCCGACAUCUAUCUCCUGGUCCCUCCAGUGAUAAACCCAGUGAUCUACAGCAUCAAAACCAAGCAGAUCCGGCGGAAGAUUCUGAAAGUUCUGAAACAGCCGAAGGUUGGGAUUCCGGAUAACGGGAUCGCUGUUAUAACGGUGUAG